UGCAGCGCGACGCUGGUAACCCGUAGACAAUCCCUGCGAAUAGCGGUCAUAACUUACUUUUACGAUUCACGUGCGUUUGUUGUUAUUAUUAAAAUUAUUAGUACAACUAUUUAUAACUAAUGGUAAUAUCAUCAGAUUUGACCGUGAAUUUUAAAAUAACAUCAGAAAUGUAUUCAAGUACCAGUUAUGGGGGAAUGAUUUAAACAGAAAAUGGUGGAAAAUGGCAAUUACACGGAACUGAACUUCGGUGAUACGCCAUAUCCAGACGAUGGAACUUCGUGGUUGGAUUCACCUACGUCCAACCAGGUGUUGGGCAUCGAAGAGACCGAAGAGACGUCCACUAUGCCGUCUGAAAUGAUACCCACGGGAACUGGAGGUCCAAUUGUUAUACGGACCGAAGAGGCGUUCAUUGUCAUAUGUGUGAUGAUACUAUGGGUGGCGGCUAUCGCAUUGUUCUUCAAUCGAUGGGGCAAAAUUCGUAUGCUUGAACCAUACCAACCGAAAUUUCACGAAGAAGAACACCGUCCAAGCUGUCCAAUGGUUGAAUUGGCUAGUGCUUCGGGAAUCGGUCAUAGUAUAACUGGAGGGCACCGCACGUCGUUCUCAAAAUUCAACGUGAACAGUUGCCUAGAACCGUCAGCGAUUUUCCAGACGAUCCAGCCAACGCAUCGGGCCCUCCAAAUCCGGCCACGGCAGAACUCAUUCGCGGGCGGCGGCGCGUUGCCGGGCGCCUGUGGCCCGUCAUGGCUGACCGGUCACUAAUGGCCACUGCUGAUGGCCGGCCCGCGGAAGGCCAGAUCGGCGGCCGACAUCAAGUCGCUGGUGCAGCACGAGUGCGGCCCCGCCCGGACUAGCCGGUCGAUGUUGCCGAUGACGGUGGGCGCGGCCGCCGUGGCCCGCGAUGUGGCCGAGCGCCGGGUGUCGUGCGCCGCGCCCGCGACCACGCUGCCGUUCGGCGAGUUGCGCGGCACCGGCACCGACGGUUACGGUUCGCUGUCCGUGGGCGUCAAGGAACGCCGGUCGUGCGGCCUGUUCCCGUCGCCCGCCUCGGGGCCGGCGUCCGACAAACGGUUCUUCUCGUCGUCGUCGUCGUCCACCAACACGCCGCCGGCCCCGUGCCUGUGCGACGUGCCGUUCGGCCAGCCGUCGUCGUCGUGGGCGUCCGAACGCGAUUUCCUCAUGACGCCGUCCACGUCGCUGGGCGGCGGUUCCAGUUUCGGCGGCGGCGGUAUCGCGGGCGGCCGGCGGACGUCGUGCGGCAUGGACCACCUGUGCCCGACGUCCAUAACGCUGAAGGAUCGCCGGCCGUCGUUCAACAACGUCAUCGCUCAGGUGACGGCCGAACGCCGCCCGUCGUCGAGCAUGCUCAGGAUCAGCAACGUUUGAUGCGGUGGGCGCGGCCGUAGUAAUCGCUGUGGUUUGCGAUAGUAUGAUGUUAUAUUAUUAUUGUUGUUGUUAUGGCGUCACGUGUGAGUAUAUUAUUUACACGUCGAGUCGACCGUCCAUAACGCGUAUAUCAAUUAUUACCACGAUGCAGGUCGACUGGUAAAAAAAUCUAAAUUUGUUUCCUCGAUCUUCAAAAAAAAAAAAAAAAAUAAAAAAAAUCAUCUCCAUGGGAAUUCGAUUGUGGAGAUCCGAUCGUUUAUAUUAUUAUUAUUAUAUACAUAUUAUGAUACAAUUCCAUUUAAUACGUAAAUGGAUUUCAUUUUUAAAGAUAAGUAUCUACACACUCAUACGUUUUAUGAAUUGAAUAGGUAGUAUAUAGUCACGUGACCUACGUAAGUUUAUUAUAAAUUAUAAUUGUAUGUAUAUAUUGUAUUA